GCCUCUGGCCAAAAACUCCUUGCGUCGAGUUGUAUUGUAGUUCUGUAUCUACUAUCUAUUACGGUAUUAUUAUGAAACAAAACUGCGUGUGCACAGGCGGCUGUUGAAGAAUGAGAUGGCUUCAACUGCCCCUUAGAGAAUGUGACUUACCGGUACACGAUUAUAGAAUUGCUCGCAAUACGAUCUCCAUUGAAGUACGAAUAGCAGUGCAGUAUUCAAUUUUGUAAUGAAACGCCAGGUGUAUUUGGAAAUCGUGUCAGCGAUGCGCUUGACUGAAUCCAGAGACAGUAUAUUGCAAGAAAUCAUGUUGAACUAUCCGAGUGUAAGUCGUGAUACUCUUCUCAGCAUCUAUGCUCAUCUCUAUCAGAAGCAAACAGUCCAGACGCUACCAAGACACCGCCAGUCAAGUGCCAUGGAAACGUACUACCGAAGGUAUUUGCGUGAGAAAGAGGACAGUCCCGAAGGAUCUGUACUGACACAGAUGGCGAACGAGGUAUGCUUGGCGCCGACUCUUCUCGCGAGGAUCAUCCUGGAGCGAUACUGUUUGCAUGAGAUGAACAAUCCAUCCUCUCGGUCCCUGGUUUCCAAAUGGAUAGCUCAACCGCCGCUUAUCCCUGAUAAAAUACUUGCAGCGGAGGUUCAGCAGUGUGUUCUGCAGGAUCCCAAUUAUGGUCCUCUGGUGGACAAGAUCAAGCAUACGCAACUGGUCCAUGUCUUUUUCCUUGACGUAUGCACCUCAAGCUCCGUGGGGCUGGAAUGCGAGCUGAAACUCCAGGAGAAAUUGGCUGCUGUUGGUGCAGCAUUCUGUGAUGAAGAAGAGCUGCAAGCCAAACAAUACCCGUCUACGCCCGAUGUCAAGCUUGAAGUCCCAAUCGCUGUGAAUGGUUUUGUCAUCAACUGGAUUGAGAGCAAGGCAAUGUUUGGCGAUGAGCAGACAAUAUCUGGGCACCUGCAAGACCAGCUCUGGAACUACAGAAAUCUAUUCGGCCCUGGCUUGGUCAUCUAUUGGUUUGGGUUUGUCGAGGAGGCAAACCGUCAUCAGAAACAAGGAUUCCUGCUUGCGGACGAUUUCCCCGAGUCUAUCGUUCUGAUGGAUACAGCAUAGUGCGUCUUGUGACUUGCCGUGCCUGAGUUGUGUCUGCCAUGUAUUCUUGGCUUCAAUCAGCUGUGUGGUGUAGACCAGGCUAAAAUCAGUGAUGGUCAAUUCAGCAGCCUUGCGAGCUGUUGGCUGGUGUAAUCCUAGCACAAGUUGCUAUGUCUAACAUAGCAACAUAGCUUCAUCGACGGGCAUUUUGAAAUGGAAGUAUCCUUGGCUUGGUUUCCUGUAGUAGGUUUGCCGAGAUGCGAUAUAUGCACUCCUAACUGGGCUCCAUGAGCUCCAGUACAGUAUUACAUGCUGUGAUGUGUGCGCUCACUGCUAGCUGGUCUCUGUGAGCUACAGUACCGCACUACAUGCAUGGUAUGACUUGUGCACUCCUGACUGGCCACCAUUAGCUACAGUACCACGCUGUAUGAUAUAGUGUGUGUGUGCACUGCUGGCUGGUCACCAUCACUCAGCACCAGGACUGCACUGACAGGAGUCUGUAUGAUAUGAUGUGUGCACUCCUAGUUGGUCUCCAUGAGCUCCAGUACAGUACUACAUGUGUUGAUGAGUACCACACUACAUGGUAUGACAUGUACACUCCUGACUGGCCACCAUUAGCUCCAGUACUGCACUGUAUGAUAAUUAUAGUGUGUGCACUGCUAGUUGGUCUCCAUUAGCUCCAGUACCACACUCUAUGGUACGAUGCGUGCAAUGCUGGCUGGUCUCCACGAGCUGCAGUACGGUGCUACGUGAUUUGACGUGUGAACUGCUAGCUGGUCUCCGUGAGCUCUACAGCAUGUUUAUGCUGCACAAUAUACAUGUGCUGAUGUGUAUUCUCCAGCACAUGUACAAUGUUGUACUGUGACGAUUACCAUCCUGGGUGCGCUUCCUCCACAAAGCGCAUCUGCACCGUCUUUUCAUACAGUAACUUUCUAUUUUCUUCACCCAUUUGUCUGUGUCCUCUGGAGCAAAUGCACAGCUUUCUUACAAAACUGAUGACAGGUUGCCGUUUUUGUUUUUAUUUUGUUUUUACUUGACAAUAGACUGAACUACUUUGAGUCCCUAGCCCUGAACAUGGUUUUAUAAGCUUUUAUUAUUUAAAUAUUACUAUUAUUAUUUUAAUUUUUAGCUAUAGUCAAUAGACCGUUUCACUACGCUGAGGCUGUGUUUACAUGAGAGGUUUCAAUCUGCCGUGUACACUCGUUGACGUGAUGCAUUCAUUGUACUUGACCGAUAAUUGAAGUUCCCACCAGGGAGUCGUAUAAACAACUCCCUGGUUCCCA